AUGGACACCGCGGUGGAGCUGGAGCAGAAGCCGGCGGUGGGGUACUGGAGCGUGAUGGGCGCGCGCCCCUGCGACGCGUGCGCCGCGGAGCCGGCGCGGCUGCACUGCCGCGAGGACGGCGCGUUCCUGUGCCCCGGCUGCGACGCCCGGGCGCACGGCGCCGGGUCGCGCCACGCGCGCGUCUGGCUGUGCGAGGUCUGCGAGCACGCCCCCGCCGCCGUCACCUGCCGCGCCGACGCCGCCGCACUCUGCUCCGCCUGCGACGCUGACAUCCACUCGGCCAACCCGCUCGCGCGCCGCCACGAGCGCCUCCCCGUCACGCCCUUCUUCGGCGCGCUCGCCGACGCGCCGCAGCCCUUCCCGUCCCCGGCCUUCGCCGCCGCGGCCGCAGCGGGGGCCAAGGCUCAGGGGGAAGCCGCGGCGGCGGAUGACGACGACGGGAGCAACGAGGCCGAGGCGGCGUCGUGGCUGCUCGCCGAGCCUGACAACAGCCACGAGGACAGCGCCGCCGCCACCGCCGCAGACACGUUGUUCGCGGAAUCGGACGCCUACCUCGGCGUCGACCUGGACUUCGCCCGGUGCAUGGACGGCGUCAAGGCCAUCGGCGUGCCGGUCGCGCCGCCCGAGUUGGACAUCGCUGCCGGCAGCUUUUUCUACCCCGAACACUCCAUGAAUCACAGUUUGUCGUCCUCGGAGGUGGCGGUGGUGCCGGACGCGCAGGCGGCCGGCGUGCCGGCGGUGGUGAGCAGGGGGAAGGAGCGGGAGGCGCGGCUUGAUGCGGGCCGCUUCGCCAAGCGCUGCUCCUCGGAGGCCGAGGACGACGCGCUGGAGCACGACGAAGGGGCGUGCUUCUCGCCCGCGGGGUCGGCGCACGCGGCGUCGGACGGCGUCGUCCCGUCCUUCUGUUGA